AUGGCCAAAAGUGUGUAUAAUAAUGUUAAUCAGGUGGCGAUUGCAAUAGACAAAGACAAAGGCAGCCAAUUUGCCCUUAAAUGGGCUAUUGAUAAUUCGGUUUCUCGCGGCCAAACUGUCACUCUUAUUCACGUCAAGCAUCGCUCGGGCGCAAGUAAUUUUAUUAUUGUAUUUAUCGUAAAAACCAAUGAAGUCAUUAUCGAUGACCCGGACGUCACCAAAGCUCUAUGCGAUUACAUCAAGCAAAACUCGGUUGGGACAUUGUUUCUCGGCGCUCCAACUAAAAAUACUUUUGUUAGGUAUGAACGAUUAAUGGUUUCCAAAGUGUGUCCCGCAAUGCGUGAUCUUAAUGGUGCGAUAAUCUUUGAUGACAGAUUCAAGAGCGAUAUUCCGACAGCUGUUUCUAAGGCUGCACCGGAGUUUUGUACAAUCUAUAUUAUCUCCAAAUCAAAGGUCUCCUCAGUCCGAUCCGCUACGAUUCCUGUUCCCAAUCCUACUCCUCGACCUUUGUCCAGCCAAUCUAACUACGUUCCCAUUCCUUCAGAUGUCAUUCCUGCUGCUGCUAUUGCUUAUGCACAACAAAAUUUUGGAGGCAGAACACCGGAGAGAACAAAUUAUACUCAACGGCAAAGCUACGACGAUGAGAUUAGAUCGCCAUUCGAAAGAAACAAAAUCAGUAGCCAAUUCGAUGAAUACCAUCCAUCAGACAUCUCAUUUGUUGGUGGCAGGCCUGGUCUAGCCAUGGAUCCUUUCGCCUCGUCUCCAUUCGAGAUUCAAGACACAAUCAGUCUCCCUCGGCUUUCAUAUAGCUCAGAAACAGAGCAAAGAAACAGCUUCGGCUCACCUUAUCCACCAGGAGGGAGAUUCUCAGAUCACGGUGGCUCAUCAAUCUCAGGCUCGGAUACUAGCUUGUCUUGGUCAGGGUCGCAGAAUAUGGAAGAUGUUGAGGCUGAGAUGAGGCGUCUCAGACAAGAGCUUAAACAAACAAUGGACAUGUACAGCUCAGCCUGCAAAGAAGCACUCACUGCAAAACAGAAGGUUUGAUUAUUUUGGUUUUAUUAAACAAUCAGUCAAGCACUCUUUACAUUAAAAUGUUUGCAGGCAAUGGAACUCCAUAGGUGGAAAAUGGAUGAAUUGCAAAAGCUAGAAGAGGCACGAUUUUCAGAGGAAGCUGCAUUGGCACUUGCAGAGAAAGAGAGAGCAAAAACUAAGGUAGCCAUGGAAGCUGCAGCAGCAGCCCAGAGAGUUGCAGAACAUGAAUCACGGAAGAGAAUAGACGCAGAAAUGAAAGUCAUGAAAGAAUCGGAAGAAAAGAACAAGGCAUUGGAUGCCUUGGCCCAUAACGAUGUCAGAUACCGCAAGUACUCAAUAGGGGAGAUCGAGAUUGCAACCAAUAAAUUCUCUGAUUCUCAGAAAAUUGGUGAAGGAGGUUAUGGACCCGUUUACAAAUGCUUCUUGGAUCAUACCCCUGUUGCUGUCAAAGUCCUUCGUCCAGAUGCAGCUCAAGGACGAUCUCAGUUUCAGCAAGAGGUUGAAGUGUUGAGUUGCAUAAGGCAUCCUAACAUGGUUCUCCUUCUCGGGGCCUGCCCAGAAUACGGUUGCCUAGUCUACGAACACAUGUCAAAUGGGAGUUUAGAAGACUGCCUAGACAAGAAUAGUAAAUUGCCCCCACUUUCAUGGCAAAUGAGAUUCCGCAUAGCAGCGGAGAUAGCCACUGCCCUUCUUUUCCUCCACCAGACAAAACCGGAGCCACUAGUCCAUCGUGACCUAAAACCAGCCAACAUCCUUCUAGACAGAAACUUCGUCAGCAAGAUAAGCGACGUCGGUUUAGCCCGUCUAGUCCCUCCUUCAAUCGCAGACAGCGUAACGCAAUACCACAUGACAGCAACUGCCGGUACAUUCUGUUACAUAGACCCCGAGUACCAGCAAAGCGGGAUGCUAGGGACGAAAUCAGACAUUUACUCUCUCGGAAUCAUGCUUCUUCAGCUUAUAACCGGGAAGUCUCCCAUGGGUUUGACCCAUCAUAUGGAGAGGGCUAUUGAAAGAGGCACCUUUGCAUCCAUGCUUGAUCCGUCUGUCACUGACUGGCCGGUGGAGGAAGCUUUAAGCUUUGCUAAACUGUCACUUAAUUGUGCUGAGCUGAGGAAGAGAGAUAGACCUGAUUUAAAACUGGUUAUUUUGCCCGAGCUUAACAGGUUGAGAACAUUGGCAGAGGAGUCUAUGCCUGACCAUUACAUGAUGAGCAUGACCAUGCCUAUCCAUGGAAGUCCAAUGAGCAGCGGCCGAAAUUCUUCCUCCACUUCUAUAGUCGGAGACGACUGA